GGAGGACGAGAACGACUACGACCUCUCCCCGCCCGGCUCUCGGCGAGCGUCCCCGGCGCCACCGACGGCCGCGAAAGACCUGCAUGGCAUCCACGCCAACCUCGCACAGCACGCCGACCGAGCAAAGGAGGACGCUCUCAAGGUCCACGCGCAGGCGGUCGCCUUCAAGGAGGCGGUCGUGGACGCUGGCUCGCGUCACCUUCAGGAGCUGCGUGCGGCGGUCCCCACCACAAAGUCGGAGGUCUUCUCGGUCGUGCGAAACACGGAGCUCAAGUUCCUCGUGCGCGCCCCAUGGCUGCUCGGCCUCUUCGUCCCUCCUCCCGCGUGGCCGUCGGAGCACCUCACCGUGCAGGCUCCCCGUGUGGCGGCGACCGUACUCGCUUUCGGCGUGCUCUGCGCCAUGGCGGCGGGCGGGCUCGUCUCCCUCCUCCUCCUCCUCCUCUGGUCGGGCGCCAUCUUCGUGCCGCUGCUGCUGCUGCUGCUGCCACUCGCCGCCGCGGCCUACUGCGGCGCCUGGGUGUACAUGGGCACUGCACCGCGCUUCGGCGCCGCCCCGGUGCUCAAGGAGAGGGAGCAGGCCCGCGCCGCGGCGCACGAGAAGAGGGUGACGGCGGAGCUCGAGAGGGCGGUCCGGCUCGUGCAGGGGGCAGAGCACGGAGAGGCGCACUCCGACUUUGCGGCGCACGUGGGGAGCGCCACCUCCUUCGCAGUGUACGGCUGCGGCAUCCUCGCAGCGUCGCACGUCGGGGCCCUGCUCGCGCUCGAGCGGUACGGCCUCAAGUACGACCAGCUGACCACGCUCGCGGGCGUCUCUGCCGGCGCGGUGAUCGUCGCUUGCCUCUCCGUCGGCUUCGAGGCCGAGGACAUCUACGAUUUGGUGAGCAAGAUGCCAUUCCACCGCCUUGCCUACCCGGAGCUGGGCGCUCUGCUGCGCGCCCUCGGCAACACCGUCCUCACCCUCCUCCAAGUCAUCCGCCGCCAAGGCGCGGUGCCGUGGGCUCUGCGCGAGCUCUCCGCCGGCAACGGGCCCGGCAUCAACUCUGGCCGCCCAGCUCCUGGCGAGGAGCGUGCCCCACAUGUCUGCGGUGAUGGCUCGCGCUCCUCUCCGUCAGGCGCCGAGCUCGAGCGGAUGGUCGGCGAGGCGCUCGCGCAGAGCCCCGCUGGCUCUGCGGACAUCACCCUCGCCCAGGUCAAGGCGCAGUUCGACAAGCGGGUGGACCCGGACCUGCCCCUGCGGGUGGCGGUCCGCAUGUCGAUGGGCGUGCCCGGGCUGAUGGAGCCCUUCCGGUACGGCAGGCACGUCUACUGCGACGGCGGCAUGUGCAACGACUUCCCGAUGAACGCGCUGCCAGACGACGGCGGCAGGCUCGGGCUGAUGGUGCGGCCAAAGGCGUGGUAUAUGUACAACUUCGGGUCGCUGCACCGACUCAAGCGCGGCGAGCCGUCGAGCACGACGGGCGAGGCCGCCGCCGAGCUGCGAGAGAAGGGCGGGCUCCGCGAGAUCAUCGCCGAGCUGCAAGAGAUGGAGGCGCGGCUGCAGGGGAGCGGCAUCUAUCCCGUGCGCGACGCGGUCGACUUGGCGAUGACGUGCAUGCAGACGAUGAUGGACGCGAACCUCGCGCUCCAGAUCCGGAUGGCCACGGGCGGGGAGGAGGCGGCCGUGGGCGGGAGGGGCGCAUGGCCCCGCUCCUGGGGCGAGCUCAAGGCGCUCAUCGUCACCAUCUGCGGCGGCUCUUUCUCUCCGCUCUCCAAGCUGCAGCACCGGCAGCUCUUUGUCUCGGGGCAGGUCUCGGCCAAGCUGAAGCUGCUCCUCUACCUCCUCCACCUCGACUACCCGCAGUGA